GGGUGUCAAACUGGCAGCCCACAAGCUGGAUCCAACCCAAAGAAUGGAUCCCGUAACCCCAAAAGAAGUGCGAAUAUUGGAAACAGCAGAAGACAUCCAGGAAAGACGAGAACAAGUGUUGAAUAGAUAUGCACAGUUUAAAACAGAUGCUCGAGUGAAGAGAGAAAAGCUUGAAGAUUCAAGGAAGUUCCAGUAUUUUAAAAGAGAUGCAGAUGAGUUAGAAUCAUGGAUUUAUGAGAAGCUACAAGCUGCUUCUGAUGAAAACUACAAAGACCCAACAAACCUUCAGGCCAAGAUCCAAAAGCAUGAAGCUUUUGAAGCAGAGGUAAAUGCACAUAGCAAUGCCAUCAUUGUUCUGGACAACACAGGAAAAGAAAUGAUUGAGAGCAGCCACUUUGCAGCAGAUGUCAUCAAGCAACGAAUGGAGGAGUUGAAGCGCCUGUGGGAAUUGCUUCUGUCCAAGUUGGCAGAGAAAGGGUUGAAGCUCCAGCAGGCACAGGUGUUGGUGCAGUUUCUCAGACAAUGUGAUGAAGUCAUGUUUUGGAUCAGUGACAAGGAGACCUUUGUGAUGGCUGAUGACUUGGGGCAUGAUUUGGAACAUGUAGAAGUCUUGCAACGAAAGUUUGAUGAGUUCCAGAAGGACAUGGCAUCUCAGGAGUAUCGGGUUGCUGAAGUGAAUGCGCUUGCUGACAAAUUGGUUGCUGAACAGCACCCAGACAGUGGUCAGAUCAUACGGCGAAAGGAGGCAUGUCCUGAGUCAUCAUGUUCUAAUUCACAUUUGAUCUCACUGCUCCUACUCAAAUGCUUCCUUUCAUGGCAGCAGUUAAAGCAGCUGUCAUUGAUGCGACAAGAGAAGUUAUUUGGAGCACAUGAAAUUCAGCGCUUUAACCGAGAUGCAGAUGAGACUAUUGCAUGGAUCACUGAAAAGGAUGCCAUGCUGUCAUCAGAUGACUUUGGACGUGAUUUAGCCAGUGUUCAGACACUUCAGGCCAUCAUAUCAGCUGAUGAGCUAGCCAAAGAUGUUGCUGGUGCUGAGGCCCUUCUGGAAAGGCAUCAGGAGCACAAGGGAGAGGUGGAUGCUCGUGAGGACAGUUUCCGUGCAACAGCUGAAGCAGGACAGGAGCUUCUGGAUAAGGAGCACUAUGCAUCCGAAGAAGUGAAGGAGAAACUGAUCUUACUGGCUAACGAGAAGACAUCCUUGUUAUCACUCUGGGAGGAGAGGCGCAUUUUGUAUGAGCAAUGUAUGGACCUCCAGCUGUUCUACCGUGAUACUGAACAGGCAGAUACAUGGAUGGCCAAGCAAGAGGCAUUUUUGGCCAACACAGACCUUGGAGACUCUCUGGAUUCUGUUGAAGCACUCAUCAAGAAGCAUGAGGACUUUGAAAAAUCCCUAGCUGCCCAAGAAGAAAAGAUCAAGGCAUUGGAUGAAUUUGCUACCAAGCUGAUAGAGGGCCAACAUUAUGCAGCUGAUGAUGUGGCACAGAGGCGUGCCAUGCUUCUGGAACGAAGGUCUGCCCUGCUGGAGAAGUCAGCUGCUCGAAGGGUCAUGCUUAUGGAUUCCUUUCGCCUGCAGCAGUUUGAAAGGGACUGCGAUGAGACCAAAGGAUGGAUCAAUGAGAAGCUGAAAGUUGCUCAAGAUGACAGCUACCUUGAUCCAACAAAUUUAAAUGGGAAAGUACAGAAGCACCAGAACUUUGAACAGGAGCUGAAUGCCAAUCGUUCCCGACUGGAAGAGAUAACUUCAACAGGACAUGAACUUAUUGAGGCUGAUCACUAUGCAUCUGAUCGCAUUCAAAUGCGAAUGGAGGAGAUAGUGAAGCUAUGGGAGAGCUUGGUAGAGGCAACUGAAAGAAAGGGAUCAAAACUCCUUGAGGCAUCUCAACAGCAGCAGUUCAACCGUGGUAUUGAGGACAUUGAACUCUGGCUCUCUGAAAUUGAAGGCCAACUCAUGAGUGAAGAGAGUGGCAAGGAUCUGACAAGUGUGCAAAACCUCCUCAAGAAACACCAGCUGCUUGAGACAGAUGUGUCAUCACACCAGGAUCGAAUUGAUGGAAUUCGUAUAGCUGCACAGCGCUUCGAGGAGAAGGGCCACUUUGAUGCAGAGAAUAUAAGGGAUAAGCAGAUUGCCUUGACACAGCGAUAUGAAAGGCUCCUUGGUCCAAUGUCUCAGAGGCGUCAACGUCUUCAGGACUCCUUGCGUGUCCAGCAGCUCUUUCGAGACAUUGAAGAUGAGGAGUCGUGGAUCAGGGAGAAGGAACCCAUAGCUGCAUCCAAUAACCGAGGUCGUGAUCUGAUUGGAGUGCAGAAUUUGAUCAAGAAACACCAAGCAGUAUUAGCUGAGAUCCACAACCACGAGAGCCGAAUUGUGGCCGUUGGGCAGCAAGCCAAGAACAUGAUCAGUGAAGGACAUUUUGCAGCUGAGGAGGUGAAGAAGAGAGUUGGUCAACUCAAUGAGCACUGGAGUCAGCUGAAAGAUCGAGCCCUUCAACGAAAGCAAGACUUGGAUGACUCCCUUCAAGCACACCAAUACUUUGCUGAUGCCAACGAAGCAGAGAGCUGGAUGAAAGAGAAAGAACCGAUUGUAAACAGCCUGGACUAUGGCAAAGAUGAGGAUUCAUCUGAGGCCCUCCUCAAGAAGCAUGAGGCUCUCAUGUCUGAUCUGGAGGCUUUUGGCAACACCAUCCAGGCCCUGAGGGACCAGGCUCGAUCCUGUCGGCAACAGGAAGCACCAAUGGUGGACAUGACUGGGAAGGAGUGCGUGAUGGCCUUGUAUGACUAUACUGAGAAGAGCCCUCGAGAAGUUUCCAUGAGAAAGGGUGAUGUCCUGACCCUCCUCAACUCCAACAAUAAGGAUUGGUGGAAGGUGGAAGUGAACGAUCGACAGGGAUUCGUUCCUGCUGCUUACGUGAAGAAGCUGGAGGCCGGUCUUUCUGCAUCCCAGCAGGCUCUUGCAGAACAGGGCUCCUUGCCGGCAAGGCAGAGUCAAAUCGAAGCCCAGUAUGAUGCCCUGAUGCAACUGGCGCGGGAGAGGCAGAAGCGACUCGGCGAGACCGUCCAAGCAUACGUGUUGGCACGAGAGGCAGCUGAACUCGGCCAGUGGAUUAAGGACAAGGAGCAAUAUGCAGAAGUCCAGGAUGUAGGAGAGGACCUGGAACAGGUGGAAGUGAUGCAGAAGAAGUUUGACGACUUCCAGGCGGACGUGAAGGCCAAUGAAGUCCGACUGGCAGAAAUGAACGAGAUCGCCAUGCAACUCAUGAGUCUCGGCCAGACCGAAGCUGCACUCAAGAUCCAGACUCAAAUUGAGGAUCUGAACGUGAAAUGGACGAACCUGCAGCAGCUGACACAGGAGAGGGCCCAGCAACUCGGAUCGGCUCACGAAGUUCAGCGUUUCCACCGAGAUGUCGACGAGACUAAGGACUGGAUUCAGGAAAAGGAUGAGGCAUUGAACAACGAGGACUAUGGGAAGGACCUUCGCAGCGUCCAGACCCUUCAGCGCAAGCACGAGGGUCUCGAGAGGGAUCUUGCUGCUCUCAGUGACAAGAUUCGGCAAUUGGAUGAGACGGCACAUCGCCUAAUGCAGACCCAUCCAGAAGCGGCGGAGAACAUCCACCAGAAGCAGAGUGAAAUCAAUGAAGACUGGACGCAGCUUCAGGCCAAGGCAAAUGCCCGCAAGGAAAAGCUUCUGGAUUCUUACGACCUUCAGCGAUUCCUUAGUGACUUCCGAGAUCUAAUGAACUGGAUCCAAAGCAUGAAGGUUCUGGUGUCGAGCGAAGAGCUGGCCGACGAUGUGACUGGAGCCGAAGCUUUGCUCGAACGUCAUCAGGAGCAUCGCACCGAGAUUGAUGCCAGGGCAGGAACAUUCCAGGCUUUUGAGCAGUUCGGCCAGCAGCUCCUUCACUCAGGGCACUAUGCAUCGGCAGAAGUUCAAGAGAAGCUGGAACUCAUGAAUGAGGCCCAUCAAGAGCUGGAGAAGGCUUGGAUUGCAAGACGCAUGAAGCUGGAUCAAUGUCUGGAACUGCAGUUGUUCUAUCGGGACUGCGAACAGGCAGAGAACUGGAUGUCCUCCCGGGAAGCGUUCCUUGCCCAGGAAGAAGUGGACAGCAAAGGGGACAAUGUAGAGGCUCUCAUCAAGAAGCACGAGGACUUUGACAAGGCCAUUAACGCUCAAGAGGAAAAGAUCGCCUUGCUGCAAACUUUUGCCGAUCAACUGAUGCGGGCAGACCACUAUGCAAACCGGGACAUCGACGACAAGCGGAACGAUGUCCUCGAGCGCUGGCACAAACUCAAGGAGGCAUUGAUUGAGAAGCGAUCCAAACUGGGUGAGAGCCAGACCCUACAACAGUUCAGCCGAGAUGCAGACGAGAUUGAGACUUGGAUAGCCGAGAAGCUCACCAUGGCAACCGAGGAGAGUUACAAGGACCCGGCAAACAUCCAGUCCAAGCACCAAAAGCACCAGGCAUUCGAGGCCGAGCUUGCUGCAAAUGCCGAGAGGAUCCAGUCUGUCCUUGGCAUGGGACAGAAUCUCAUCGACAAGCAUCAGUGUGCCGGAUCCGAAGAUGCCGUUUCUGUGAGUCUCUUCUGUGGCUGCCAUCAUGUUUGGGUUACUCUUUCAGAAUGGUUAAAUGUGGAAUCCCUUCUCACCUCAGAAGAUUCUGGGAAAGACUUGGCCUCUGUGCAAAAUCUCAUCAAAAAGCACCAGUUAGUGGAGGCUGACAUUCAGGCACAUGAAGAUCGAGUCAGGGACAUGAAUACCCAAGCUGACUCCCUGAUCGACAGUGGCCAAUUUGAUGCAUCUCCAAUUCAGGAAAAGCGCCAGAGCAUCAAUGAGCGCUAUGAGAGAGUGCAAAAUCUGGCUUCACAUCGUGCUUCUCGGCUCAACGAGGCCAACACCCUUCAUCAGUUCUUCCGUGACAUUGCUGAUGAAGAAUCCUGGAUCAAGGAGAAGAAGUUGCUAGUAAGUUCUGAUGAUUAUGGCCGAGACAUGACGGGAGUCCAGAACCUGAAGAAGAAGCACAAACGCUUGGAAUCAGAGUUGGCAUCACAUGAACCUGCAAUUCAGUCUGUCCAAGAGGCUGGAGAGAAACUCAUGGAUGUUUCCAACCUGGGUGUUCCUGAAAUUGAGCAGCGCUUGCAUGCCUUGAAUCAAGCCUGGGUGGAAUUGAAAGAACUGGCUUCUUCUCGUGGUCAGAAGUUGGAUCAGUCCCUUAUCUACCAACAGUUUUUGGCCAAAGUGGAAGAAGAAGAGGCUUGGAUCAGUGAGAAGCAGCAGCUGCUGUCUGUGGAUGACUAUGGGGACACUAUGGCAGCAGUACAGGGACUCAUCAAGAAGCACGAUGCAUUCGAGAUGGACCUGACAGUCCAUCGUGAGCGCUGCAACGACAUCUGUAAUGCCGGUGAACAGCUGAUAGGUGACAGAAACCAUCAUGCCGACAGCAUUGCCCAACGAUGUCAACAACUCAAGGAUAAACUUCAGGCUUUGGCUGGCAUGGCCCAAUUACGAAAGGGGAAACUGAUGGACAACUCAGCUUACCUCCAGUUCAUGUGGAAGGCAGAUGUAGUGGAAUCUUGGAUUGCGGACAAGGAAUCGCACGUACGAUCAGAGGACUUUGGACGGGAUCUCUCCUCUGUCCAGACGCUCCUCACCAAGCAGGAAACAUUUGAUGCUGGCCUUCAUGCAUUUGAACAUGAGGGGAUCCAGAACAUCACAGGACUGAAAGAUCAGCUGGUGCAGUCAAAUCAUGAUCAGACUCCUGCCAUACUCAAGCGACAUGAGGAUGUUAUCAAUCGAUGGCAGAAGCUCCUUUCAGAUUCCGAUGCUCGCAAGCAGCGUCUCCUCCUCAUGCAAGAUGAGUUCCGACAGAUCGAGGAGCUGUACUUGACCUUUGCCAAGAAGGCCUCUGCUUUCAAUUCUUGGUUUGAGAAUGCUGAGGAAGACUUGACAGAUCCAGUGCGCUGCAAUUCCAUAGAAGAGAUUCGUGCCCUUCGAGAAGCUCAUGCACAGUUCCAGGCUUCACUAUCCUCUGCCCAAGAAGACUUUGAGGCUUUGGCAGCCCUGGAUCAGCAGAUUAAGAGCUUCAAAGUUGGGCCCAACCCAUACACAUGGUUUACUAUGGAAGCACUUGAAGAUACCUGGAGAAAUCUGCAAAAGAUCAUCAAGGAACGAGAUGCUGAGCUGAAGAAGGAAGCACAGAGGCAGGAAGAGAAUGACCUUCUUCGCAAGGAGUUUGCCAAGCAUGCCAAUGCCUUCCAUCAGUGGUUGGCUGAGACUCGGACAUCCAUGAUGGAGGGCACUGGUACUCUUGAACAACAACUUGAAGCCACUCGGAGGAAGGCAGAGGAAGUGCGUGAGCGUCGGACUGAUCUGAAGAAGAUAGAGGACCUGGGAGCCAUCCUUGAGGAGCAUCUCAUCCUAGACAAUCGUUACACCGAGCAUAGCACCGUGGGGUUGGCCCAGCAGUGGGACCAACUAGAUCAGCUUGGCAUGCGAAUGCAACACAACCUCGAGCAGCAGAUCCAGGCACGCAACCAGUCGGGUGUCAGUGAGGAUGCCCUCAAGGAAUUCUCCAUGAUGUUCAAGCACUUUGACAAGGAGAGGAGUGGACGUCUGAAUCACCAGGAAUUCAAGUCCUGCCUCCGUGCUCUGGGCUAUGACCUCCCAAUGGUUGAAGAAGGAGAACCUGACCCUGAAUUUGAAACCAUUCUCGAUGUGGUGGAUCCGAAUCGAGACGGGUACGUUUCUCUUCAAGAGUACAUGGCGUUCCUCAUCAGCAAGGAGACAGAGAACGUGCAAAGCUUGGAGGAGAUAGAGAAUGCGUUCCGUGCUAUCACGUCUGGAGAAAGGCCUUACGUCACAACCGAGGAGCUCUAUGCCAACCUGACCAAAGAGAUGGCCGAUUACUGCGUGACACGCAUGAAGCCAUAUGUCGAUCCUAAAACAGAGCGCCCUAUCCCAAAUGCCUUCGAUUAUGUAGCUUUCACCCGAACUCUCUUCCAACAGUAGGCUUGGGACUUUUUCCCUUCCACUCUUCUAUCAGCAUGUCAGUAGGGUGACUCUUGGGUGCUUUCUUUAAGCUUUAACUGAUUCUCUGCUUGAUUUUGUGUGACUCAGUUAAUCAUUAUAGGAUGACAUGAUUGGUUGCCUUAUCAGAACUUCCUAUCUAUUCAGGUUGGCUUGCAUUUGUACAAUAAACAAUACCAAAUGUUCCAGCUUUGAUAAAAUGACUUGCUGUUCAUUGAGAUUUUUUUUUCAAGCUAUUUACAUCCUAAGAACAAAAUGCAAUCCUAUAAUCAAAGCUUCUUCAGUGGUAGAAGAAAUUUUAUGACAAAUUUAUUUCAUUGACUUUGAUUUAGAUUAGUUUCAUUGCAAUUGAGAACAUAUCUUUUUGCAGUUGAUUACACAUUGUGUUUGUUUGACCUACAAGUUUCCUAUGCCCAUAUGUUUUUCUCUAGUGUUCUUCCUCUUGAUUAUUGUAAAUGAAAAAAAUUGCAUGAUAUUUCCCAUUCGUCAAAUGUAUCAUUUCUUCUGCUGAUGGAAACGUCCUCAAAUAAAAUCCAAACCUUGUAGCAUACUUUUCCAUGAUUGGAGAACUUUCUUACUGUUCAUUGAAUUUUGCCAUGCCCUUGGAGUUUCUCUAGCCGUCUGGAUCAGUCUUGUCCGAUUUUUUAAUGCUCUUUCUUAAGAGCCUUGUCAGUGUCAAUAGCUUCUAUCCCUUUCUUGCUCUUGCAUACUUCAUGUGCUUUUUUUCAAUGCACGUUUACUGUGAGCACCUAAUCCUAGAAAUAAAUAGUCACUGUUGAGCAUAUGAAA